CCGCCUCCCUCCACUCAGCCUGGGAUCGGGAUAGAAGCGGGCAGAGAGAGAUCCGUGGGAUCGGGAUCAGCCUCCGCUCACUUUUUAUUUCUCAUCGCAACGCAGUAUAACGAACACAAUUCUGGUUGUGGGCCGCGGGGAAGCGACAUGGGAGGACUCACGGCGUUUGUGUUGCUACUGGCGGCGACCUUGACGCUUUCAUCCGAGGUGCCGGGUGAUGACUACAUGAGUUUGCUCACUGAGCCGCAGGUUGCCAUGUUCUGCGGGAAGCUGAACAUGCACAUAAACGUGCAAAACGGCAAAUGGGAGUCGGACCCGACUGGUGCCAAGAGCUGCAUCGGCACCAAGGAAGGGAUCCUGCAGUACUGCCAAGAGGUGUACCCCGAGUUGCAAAUCACCAAUGUUGUGGAAGCCAACCAACCCGUCAGCAUCCAGAACUGGUGCAAGAAAGGCCGCAAGCAGUGUCGCAGUCACACGCACAUUGUUGUGCCGUACCGCUGCCUGGUUGGCGAGUUUGUGAGCGAUGCUCUUCUGGUCCCAGAUAAAUGUAAGUUCCUGCACCAGGAGCGUAUGGACCAGUGUGAGAGUCACCUGCACUGGCACACAGUGGCCAAAGAGUCCUGUGGCGACCGCACCAUGAAUCUCCAUGACUAUGGGAUGCUGUUGCCAUGCGGCAUUGACCGUUUCCGAGGGGUGGAAUUCGUCUGCUGCCCAGCAGAGGCUGAGCGUGAGAUGGAUAGUGCGGAGCUGAACGGAGAAGAAUCAGACGUUUGGUGGGGCGGAGUGGAGAACGAGUAUGAGAACAGCAUGUCACGCGUGGCCGACGCUGAGCCUGCCAACGCAGAGGAUGAUGAAGAUGAAGAUCUUUUUGAAAGGGACGAAAAUGGAGAUGGCGAUGAAGAGGUGGAGGAGGAAGAUGAGGAAGAACUUGAUGAGCAUGACAGCGAUGAGCGCAAUUCCAACAUCGCCAUGACGACGACUACCACCACCACCACCGAAUCCGUCGAAGAAGUCGUUCGAGCCGUCUGCUGGGCACGUGCCGAGUCAGGCCCGUGUCGCGCCAUGCUGGAACGCUGGUACUUCGUGCCACGAAAGGGCCGCUGUGCUCCCUUCUUGUUCGGAGGGUGCGGUGGUAACCGAAAUAACUUUGAGUCGGAAGAGUACUGCAUGGCUGUCUGCAGCAACUCGUUGCCCACGGUGGCGCCGACUCCUCCUGACGCUGUGGAUCGCUACCUGGAAGCUCCCGGCGAUGACAACGAACAUACAGAUUUCCAGAAAGCAAAAGAGAGCCUCGAGGCUAAGCAUCGUGACAAGAUGUCUGAGGUGAUGAGGGAGUGGGAGGAGGCGGAGAGGAAAGCCAAAAGCCUGCCUCGUGCCGAGAAGAAAGCGCUCAUCCAGCACUUCCAGGCGCGGGUGGAGGCUCUGGAGCAGGAGGCGGCCGGCGAGCGGCAGCAGCUGGUAGAAACUCACAUGGCCCGAGUGGAGUCUCUGCUGAACAGCCGUCGCCGCCUGGCUUUGGAAAAUUACCUGAGCGCUCUGCAGGCAAAUCCCCCGAAGCCGCGGCAGGUCUUGGGUUUACUCAAGAAGUACAUCCGAGCGGAGCAGAAGGAUCGGCAGCACACUGUGAAGCACUACGAGCACGUCCGCACGGUUGAUCCAAAGAAGGCGGCACAGAUCCGACCUCAGGUCUUGACUCACCUGCGUGUGAUCGAUGAGAGGAUGAAUCAGUCGGUGGGGUUGCUGUACAAAGUGCCCAGCGUGGCGAACGAGAUCCACAACCAAGUGUCGGUCAUAGUUCGCAGAGUUCAGUCGGAGGUAUCCCACCAAGUCUCGUCCGUGAAGAGCGAUGCCCGCGUGGACGGCAGGGUGAGCUACGGCAACGACGCCCUGAUGCCAGAUCAGGCCUUCAGCUCUGCCCCCUUGGAGCCUGGACUGGAUGGACUGGGCUUCAUCCACCCUGAGAGCUUCAACCAGCCCAACACAGAGAACCACGUGGAGCCUGUCGACGCCCGUCCAAACCCGGAUCGAGGUCUCCCGACACGUCCAGUGUCGGCCUUGAAGCCCGAAGAGAUGCCUCAGGUCCGCAUGGAUUCUGACCAAAGGCAAAGCACCGGCUACGAGGUCUACCACCAGAAGCUGGUCUUCUUUGCCGAGGAUGUGGGGUCCAAUAAAGUCGCCAUCAUUGGGCUGAUGGUCGGCGGCGUCGUCAUAGCGACGGUUAUCGUCAUCACUCUGGUGAUGCUGAGGAAGAAACAGUACACUUCCAUUCACCACGGUGUGAUCGAGGUUGAUGCUGCUGUGACACCAGAGGAGCGCCACCUGGCCAAGAUGCAGCAGAACGGAUAUGAGAAUCCCACCUACAAGUUCUUUGAACAAAUCCAGAACUAGAAACACUCAUCAGUCCAUUCUGUCUCCUUGUUGCCCUCCAUCAACAGAAGGGCGGUGAGGUCAAAGAUGGCACAGGAGCCGGUCUACACGUACGGCAGACUCAUGAAACAUGGCUCUCAGAGAGCGGUGAGGGACCCUGGACACAGUCAGGCUCUGGAGCAAAAGUGAGGUCGCACAAGGUGGAAUCAAUUGAAAUUCAAUCGUGAUCGCAAUAUAGAAAACUAAGACAUGUUCCCGAUGAAGCUUGUCCUGAGGGAGGGGUCAAACUUAAGGCCAGGGGGCCGAAUCCAGCCGACCAAAUCAUGUUUUGUGGCCCACAAGAACUAGCAUCAACAAAAACCAGAUCUUCCACUGGGUAUGGAGUGACCUGCUAUGACACCAAGCCCCCAGAAGAUCGACAUUAAUGGAGUAGAUAAGGAUUCUGCACCAGACUAAGAAAAAAAUGGGAGAAAAAAUAAUCAAAAUAAUGUUACAAACAGUGGUUUGAGGUUUGAUGUUCAUGUUGGCAGUUUUUUUUUGUCGUAAAGCUCAUGGGCAGAUGCAAGAUAUUUAUGGCAGAUUUAAGCGGACCGGAGAAGAUAAAGAGUCAUGUGUCUAUGAGUCUCUGUACGUGUGGACUGGUAUGGAUGUGUGCGACCGUCACCCCUGUCUUAGUACCCCCCACCCUCCCCCACUAUUUAAAUGAAACUGUUGCAGUAGCGGCCAGCAGAGCUGAGACUCGCUCGGAGCCGGCGACGCCUAACACGUGUAUAUCUGCGUUUUUAAAUAACAACAAGAAAGGAAAAAAAAAACAAAAGAA